CGCACGUGUGGAGGGCGGGCGCGCGGAGCCAACGGCGUGUGUCUCUUCAGAAGCAAGGUGGGAGCGGACUGGCGGUUCUGAGCGGUUGGCCUCUCAGCCGGCUCGCGGUGCGGCUGCCGUUGGGAGCGUGCGACUUUGUAGGGUGGUGGCGGCCCUCCCCCGACUCCUAGGAACAAGUCUCUUGAUGCAGUCUCCAGAUGUAGAGCUCUCCUUCCCACAGCAACCAGAGGCCUCCAACUUCUUUAAUGGUACAAAGCGGGGAACGUUGGUUCUCACUUCAUACCGGGUGAUUUUCCUGACUUCACGCUCAGUCGAUGAUCCCAUGUUGUCUUUUAUGAUGCCAUUUGACCUGAUGAAGAACUGCACCGUUGAACAACCACUCUUUGCUGCAAACUACAUUAAAGGAACUAUUCAGGCAGCUCCAUAUGGUGACUGGGAAGGACAGGCUACUUUUAAACUAGUCUUCAGAAGAGGAGGUGCCAUCACAUUUGCCCAAUUGAUGAGCAAAGCUGCCUCUGCUGCUGCCCAAGGAGUUCCACUUAGAACCGUAAAUGCCUGGUUCGGCCCUGUACAAAUUUAUGUUACUGGUCAGGGGAAUGUGUGCACUCCACAGACACCUUGUUCAGUAAUUGUCUAUGGAGCCCCGCCCAUGGGAUAUGGCACCUCGCCUCCAGAGUAUGGAGCCCCACCUAUGGGAAAUGAAGGCCCACCUGUGCGAUAUGGAGCCCCGCCUGCUGGAGCUGUAGCUGCCCAGACUCUGGAAAAUGAGGCUUCGCUUCCUUCUACCUCAUAUUCUCAGGCGCAUUCUCCACCUUCUAAGAUGUAAACCUUGAAAGACUAACCAAGCAAAGAGGCAUCCUAAAAUUGAAGUCAGGAUAAGAAGGACUCAGUGACAAGGAGAGGAAGAGAGAAGAGAAUCUCCAAACUAGAGCAGGAAUAAGGCUCCCUCAAUUCAGCUUUUCAGUGUCUGCAGGAAUGUGAUGGUUCCCUGUCACUUCCUUGGCUCCAUUCCAUGUGUGAUUGCUGUUUGGUCCUUCUUUCCAGAGGAAGUGAGUGGGGGUGCCACUAGUCAGCCGUCGAGAAGCUUGCCUGUAUUGUUUUGAUGCCCGUACCAGGAAGACUUUUGGUCUGGACAUGUGGCCCAACCUUGUAAGGACAUCAGUUGGUCCCUUGUGCAAAUAUCCCUUACCUGCAAGUCCUUAUCUCUUCACAAAUCGAUUCCUGAAAAGGAGAUGAGGCUUUUCUGGUCUGGCAUAUAAGGAGCUGGGAAGUCAACACUCCCAUCUUCACUAGAAGAUAAAAGCUGAACAAAUUGAAAAUUAACUCUUUUUCGAUGUGUCAGAAUUGAAGUCAUAGGAUAAACUUCUGCCCCCAAUUUGGGGACAGACAGGUAGAUACAGCGAAUCAUAACUUAACAGGAACAAAAAUUCAGGAACAGAAACCUGCCACUGGAGCCUAUACCAAGGUAGGAAAACUUAAAUUGUAACUGACGGAUUGUGAAAGUUCAGUGUGGACAAGCUAGAGAGUUAUCAACUUCAUUGUGGCCCAGUCUUAGGGGGUGGCCCAACGUUUUUGUGAGUUCUAUCUCCA